AUGGUGGUGGGCGCGUUCCCUAUGGCGAAGCUGCUAUACCUGGGCAUCCGGCAGGUCAGCAAGCCGCUUGCCAACCGCAUUAAGGAGGCCGCCCGCCGAAGCGAGUUCUUCAAGACCCAUAUCUGCCUCCCGCCAGCUCAGCUGUACCACUGGGUGGAGAUGCGGACCAAGAUGCGUAUCAUGGGCUUCCGGGGCACGGUCAUCAAGCCGCUGAACGAGGAGGCAGCCGCCGAGCUGGGCGCCGAGCUGCUGGGCGAGGCCACCGUCUUCAUCGUGGGCGGCGGCUGCCUGGUGCUGGAGUACUGGCGCCACCAGGCGCACCAGCGUCACAAGGAAGACGAGCAGCGCGUCGCCUGGGACGCGAUGCGGGACGAGGUGGGCCGCCUGGCGCUGGCGCUGGAGGCCCUGCAGGCGCAGGUGCAGGCGGCGCCGCCGCGGGGCGCCCUGGAGGAGCUGCAGGCGCAGCUGCAAGAGGUGCGCGCCCAGCUCUGCGCCCCAGACCCGCCGCCCGCGCCCCAGGCAGAGCCCACGUCCCAGGAAGUGUCCUCCUCCGGGGAAAAGGAGCCUGCCAAAGCCUGAACUUAGACGUGGCCCUGUGUGCCCUGAUGUGGCCUUCUCCCUGCGUUACCCCUCCCUGUGCUGGCCCACUGGAAACCGCCGGGGUGUGGAUGGAACUUGGCUUAGGUCACCCCAUACUGACCCGUGGUACCUUCCCCUGCGACCAGCCCCCAGCAGGUGAAGCGUUCCGGCAUAGCCGCCUGCAGCCUCGCGCUCAUUUGGUACAGUCCGCAGUGCUGUCUCUGCAGCCCGCUCCAGACCACACAGACCUCUGGGGUCCCAGCCAGCAGGACAACAUGCUCACUCCUGACAGAAGAAGAAAUGGAGCCGGACUUGAGCCAAAUCAACCUAUCAGCCCUCCAUUUACUUGAUCAAUGUUACUUUUCCCCGGGACUCUCAGCCUUCACAUCGGAAUACCUCCUUCCCUUUGUCAGUUGGUACAGGCUGGCGUAAGGAAACGCGGUGUCUUUCAGUGAGCUUCUGCCUCUUCCACCUUCUAAGGUGGGCUUUGUCUGGGCAUCACUCCUCUUAUGAGGGGGAAAAAAAGGAUCUUGGCUUGCAGGUGAUCCAUCAAAUAUUACACCUUUCACCUUAACCUGAGCCGUGGUACCUUCCCCUGAGACACUCAAAUGGAAUAUUCCAACGGGAGUCUCCUCAUCCUUCAGUCUACGGCACAGCCCACUGGAAUGGCCCUGCAGGGUCUCCUGGUAACGCCCUACCAGCCCUGCUUCUGGUGGAAAAUCGAUCCUGUCUGUGGCCAGU